AUGACAGCAUCCAGCCUGGAUCCCAAACCUGGCCCGCGCGACAUCCAUCAGGGCAUCCAGCUCUUCUGGGACGUGGUACUGGCCCGACGGGCGAGCGACAGCAUGAUACCAGCAAAGCAAUACUGGGGCCACCAAGCCUACGGCCUGCCGGCGGCGUCAAUGCCGGCCGCCAUCCGAUCAAUCAGCUCUGCGAGCUCUGGGUCAGAGAGGUCGUCGAUGGCGGCGCCCAGCCAGCGCUGCAGCACCCAGCGCGUCCCCUUGACCGGGGACGUGGCGGAGGGCAGCCAGCUCCUCCUCCGCAGCGCGGCCACACCGGGCCAGCGCACCCACCAAGGCGAGGUGGGUCACAGCACCAACGCCGCAUCGGCCUGCCACACUGGCGAGGGCCCCGCUCUGGCAGGGGAGCUGCGCGGCAUCCUCCUGGCGCGCAGGUCUCGCGACUGCUUCGCCUGCGGGGAGCCGGGCCACAUCGCCAUGGACUGUCCCAACCGCGGGAAGCCGGGCUUCGUGGAGCUCUGCGGUGACUUCAAAAGGGGCACGUGUACCCGCGGCUCGGCGUGCCGCUUCUCCCACGGUGACGCUGCUGGCGGGGGUGACCGCGGCGGCGGCAGCCGCGGAGGAGACCGCUACGACGACCGCGGCGGGGGCCGCGGCGGCGACCGCUACGAUGACCGCGGCGGGGGCGACCGCUACGACGACCGCGGCCGCGGCGGCGGCGACCGGGACCGCCGCGGGGGCCGGGACGACUACGACGACCGCGGCCGCGACCGCGACCGCGGCGGCGGCGGCGGCCGCAGGAGGCGUGAUGACGAGUCGCGCUCGCGCUCGCGUGACCGGCGCCGCCGCUGA